GAAACCCCAAAAAACAUACAGAAAAUGGCGACCACCUCUCUCUCUUCCGUCAAUCAAACUCCCAAACCCAUCCAUGUCUUCAUGGUUUCCUUCCCAGGCCAGGGCCACAUCAACCCCCUCCUCCGCCUCGCCCUCGCCCGCCGCCUCGCCCAUUCCUGCCUGUCCAUCUCCUUCUGCGCCCCGGAAUCCGCCGGCGCAAUCAUCCGUAAAACAAACACCAUCACCGACGACGUCCCCACUCGUUGCGGCCGCGGCACCAUCCGCUUCAGGUUCUUUGACGACAGUACCAACGAUCCCGACGACCUCGAAGCCUUCCUGGCCCGUCUCGAGCUCGUGGGCCGGGAAAAACUCCCGCAGAUGAUCGUUAAACAAGAGGAGCUCGGCCGCCCCGUUUCUUGCGUCAUCAACAACCCGUUCAUUCCGUGGGUUUGCGACGUUGCGGACGGCCUAGGAAUCCCCUGCGCUAUGCUUUGGGUUCAGUCUUGCGCUUGCUUCGCCGCUUACUACCAUUACUACCAUAAUCUUGUAGCCUUUCCCAGCGAAGAAGCGUUGGAUAUCCGAGUUGAGAUUCCGAGUUUACCCGUUCUGGAGCAUGAUGAAUUUCCAAGCUUCUUGCAUCCAUCUUCGCCCUACCGUUUUUUGGGAAAGGCGAUUUUACGGCAGUUUGGCAGCUUGUCGAAGACUUUUUGCGUGCUGAUGGAUACAUUCCAAGAGCUGGAACUUGAAACUAUCGAUUAUAUGUCGAGGAUUUGUCAGCCGAUUAUGACAGUGGGCCCGCUUUUCAAGGAACCCGGCGGCGCAUCGGGGAUUCGAGCGGAUUAUUACGCGGCGGAGAGGUGUACGGAGUGGCUGGACUCGAAGCCCGCCUGCUCCGUGGCGUAUGUUUCGUUUGGGAGCGUUGUGCAUUUGAAGCAGGAGCAAGUUGACGAGAUCGCGCACGGGAUUUUAAAAUCGGGGGUUUCAUUUCUGUGGGUUUUGCGGGAGCCGCAUAGUCUGCGAGGUUUUAUAUUAGGGCGGCGACUCUGA